UGUCCUCCAGUUAGUGUAACUACGAGUUAACGCAAUGUAAGUCGCGGAUUUUAACGUAUGAGAAUGACAGCUGUUUACCUGUCCACCUGCUAGUGAGUGAGUGCAUGUUUUAGUGUUAACAAGUGAUUACACAAGCAAGCCUUCUGGGCCAUCAAGUUUUCAAUAUGACUGGACGACUAGUAAAUUUUGGAAAUGGGGAACAACGGUAGUCGAACAGGGCACAUUUCUCAUCAGCUCGAAGCGGAAACGACGUGGACACAAUCGUUUCCACGAAGUACCCAUGGAGUUUAUCACCAACACAAGGUGCUGCCCGAAAAGGGAAUAACUAAGAAAUUACGUUCUACAAACAAUGGUGAAAUUUUGCAUGCAGGUGGAACCAUAUCCGGAAGGCAACACCAUCAGAAAACCCUAUCCCUAGAACGCGAAAAUAAGUCAUUUAAAAUAUUCAGAACGAGCAGUGUGUCGUCCAAUCCCUCUGACGAUCCCCGAGAGUAUGGAGAAAGACCAUACCCGCGCUACGUGUCGCACUAUGGCGGCGUUAACCGGUAUGCUGCCCAACGACUCGAAAAUAGGAAUUUGUAUAGAGAGCAGAUGAAGAAAUAUGGAUCAGAACCGGACUUGCGGAAUUCUCCAAGCGACCGCAAUGAAAGUGGAAGAUAUAAAGGCAAAAAGAAAUACAAGGCGCCAGCACCUCCGAAUCAUGGACCGCUAGAAAAAUUAAAUUGCUACCAGUGGAACGAGAGCACAUCGGACCCUAUAGUGAGGCGGAGUCGAUUAUUUAAAACUAAAUCGGAGUUACAAAAAAGAUGUUCUAGUCCUAUAAAUGUAGAAGAUGCGUUCAGCGAGACAAAACACAAUAGCUCUAGCAAAAGUAAUCCUAGGAAUACGUUAAAUGUACAGUUAAGAAAUAAUAGUAGGAAAUGUGAUACAAAUAACAGACUAUCGUUGCCUGAAAUAAACAGGACCAGUGCGGUUCCCGAAUUUCAGUCCGAGUUAAAAGAAGUAGUGCAACGACUAAAAAGUACAAAACGAAACGAAAGUCCGAAAGACGUAAACAAGUACGAUAGCAAAAAUGAAGAAAGCGCGAAAGAAAAAAUCAAAACAUUAGAUCAUAAUAUUAGCAAAGCUGAUCAUGUAAAGUGUAAAUUACAGUUACUAGAUCUAACUAAAACAGAUAAUCAAAAUCUACUAAAUACGUACAGUGAUCGAGGACAGCCGUCGGGAAAAGAAUCUACCCCAGAAAAGAAAGAAUAUCGCGUGGAUUUGGAGAAAAAGGAACAGCCUUCAAAGCUGUAUUAUUUUGGAAUGAAGGAGUCUGUGCACGCAGACUUUGUGACUACCGACUUUACGGUCACCAACACAACGUUUCAAUCGUACAAAGAUAUUUACCCGCAUCACAAUUCGUCAGGAUCUGAUUUAUCUAGUGAAAUGGAAAUGGACGGUAGUCACAUGUCGACUAACGGGAUUGCUCUGCAACUAAGACCAAUAUUACCAAAGAAGCAGCUAGAAAUACCUAGGUUUUCUCCGGCGGCCGCGUGGAAGCAGCUAUCCGCGGUAGAAUCGAAUUUCACACCCAGCACCGCGGCCAGUGAGGAUCUUCCAAUUUACAUGGAGGACCGCAUCGAAAAGUUAUCGCGCCAACCACCACCACCAACCGCACAAACUGGACCGCGAUCUAGUUAUGACAAGUCUGGAGAUUCGGGAAUAUCGGGAGACGCCGGUCCAGUUGGAUUUGACGACAGUCCAGACGGAAUGGAAAUUAGAAAUAACAUAGACUUACCCCUAGUUUUGAAUAGAAGCCAGGGCUUGUCGUGGACUCCCCAGCAAGAUCUUGGCGAGGACGAAUCCACUUCAGACGAGGACAUAAACACUCACAACGACCAUAUCCUUAAAGCGACAUCAGCAAAAUUUACUCCCAAGACAAACGUUUUUAGCCUAUCACUGCCUCGAGAUAACCAAUUAUCCUCAUAUAUCAGUAGAAAUUUUGGAAAUCCUAAAGAUACUGACGUACCGAACUCAUUUUCUUACGAAUGUGGGAAUUGGCUUUUAAGUAAAUCAGCGCCUAAUUCGUUAAAUAAUGGUUUGAAUUCUUUAGAGGCCCCCAAAUCACAUAAAGUGGAAGAGCCAAAACCACAGGUUUCAAAUAACGUCAGUAGAGUAAUGUAUCUCCCAGAGUCUGAUAACUUGUACAAAAAAAACCAAAAUAUGAAAAGUGAAAGGUCACGUUGUAAGGAAAUAUUUCGCGAACGUUCGAGAAGUGUCGAGUCUUCCAAUCUGAAUAACUUAUCACACUCUGGAUUCUCAAAAUCAUUCGAGAACCUGAUCUCUCACGCGGAGUCAUCUUGCGAACCAGAAAACUUGCAAGAUCCUCCCCAUAAAAAAGUUGAAGCCCUAAAGGUGUACAAGCCCAAACGGUUUACCUUUCAAAGUACAAUUCGACAGAUUGAGCGAAAACGUUUGGCAGAGAAACUUUCGAAGGAAGCCGAAAAGAAAGAGAAGCAACGGUUAAGCGAAUUGGCGGCCAUGCAAAAGGUGGAGGAAGAGUUUCAACGUAAGCGAGCAAGAGAAAAGGCGUCCAUUCGUCAACAGUUGCGAUUGUUUUCAUUAGACGAUACUGUUUGGUCAAACGGGCAAUCUAAUGACGUGAAAGACGUUCCAGUGCGGCCAGAUCCAGAUGGUGCCGUUUCUUCGGCAGCUUCUUCUCCAAUGAUGCCAUUCGAAAAAAAGAUUAACUUGCGCGCCGAGGAAUACCCAGAAAGAUCGCAUCGGCAACGAGUACCGUCGGAAUUAUCGGAUGAAAAUGUUAAAAAAACACAGAUGACACUAAUUCUGUCCGAGUACCGGCAGCCCCAAAGAGAGUAUAAAGAUUUUCGGGGGAGCCCUAGAUAUAUGGCGGAAUUUGGUGACGCACACCACCCGAAACAAACGACCAUUCAUCCGCAAGUAACCUGCAACAUGCCAAAAGCGUCAAAUACACAACCAGAAGGUAGUUCAAAUUAUCGCAAACAGUUUGCGCACGGUGUAAAAACCAAUAGGUCUGGAGAUAGCACGUAUUCGGAUGACUCGCAACCAGUAAACAGGAAUAGUUCACCAAAAAUCUAUCGCAGUGAAAGAACGCCAAUUUCAAGGUUUUAAAGGACCAUAACGCAGGAUUAAAAUGAUAUGCUCAUUUAUAACAAUUUUAAUUACUUAUUUGUUAGUUUUAUUUGUUAUUCAACCAUUUGUUGCAUGUACAAGUUUUUUUUACAUAAACUAUCGUUACUUCGUGUACCUUGAUGUGUAUUAUGUGUAAUCUAUACAUGUUAAUAUUUAUAACUUAGCUAACUAAGGAAAUGUAAUUAUAUACCCAUUAAUAAUAAAACUGAAAAAAAUG